GGGAGUGACCAGGACGCUUUAGGGAGAGGUCCAGAGAGAAAGAGCGAGAGAAGGAUAAGGUUAGUUCUAUGAUAAGGAAGGAACAUCCGAUCCUUUCCUCCCCAAGUCCACCUUUAGAACUCUUUUCCAGGGGAUUAACGAGUGUGGAGAGAGAGAGAGAGAGACAAUAUGACAAGAAAAGGAACAUGAAAGAAAUCAUCAUUAAACGCACUUGAAGUUAUCUCUUCCUUCUUGCACCUCUCUCUAAUUUAAUCUUAAACCCACUCCAAGUUCCCCCAAGGGACUUCUCUCUCUAUUUCAAGAGAGACAGAAUCAGAAGAGUCCAUUCCUCCUGAUUCCCACCCAAGUGGGAAUAAAAACAGGAUUCCACUCUUUCUUUCUGUUCCUCCUCUCAUCCCUCCUUCCCCUCCUCCUCUUCAUCAUGACGUUGCUGGCCUCUGAGAGGUCGCUUCUCAUCCGGAACAAAUUCCGCUCAGUCUUGCAGUUGAGGAUUCAGAACCGAAGGCAAAAUGAAAUGGACUCUGGGUUGAAAACUACCUGUUCCUCUCGCAAAGGAGAGAAAGACCAGAGUAAAGCUCUGCGUCUAACUGACGAUGGCGCCACUCAGAAGUCGCCCCUGUGUGGUCUGAACAUUAAAACUGCACAAGACAGGAGUGUAUGUGGGACUGGAAGGCAGAAGAAGGCUCGGCUGGCUAACAACCUUACAGAGCAGGUCCAGCAUCGUCCCGAACCUCUGGACCUACUGCACAAACACAUACUGCCUCCAGAGAACCGCCCCGUCUCCUUCCCUCUCUCCUCAGAUGUCUUCCAAGAUGACAUCUCUUCCUGCUCUUCCUCCGAGCAACUCGGGGUCCUCCAAUCACCAGCCUUCUCCUCGUCGCCAGGGUUCUCAGACGACCAAUCACUGAGUGACCUGUCGCCUGGGGUCUUGCCCCUUACCCAUAGUCCCGCCCAUGUUCAGUCUAUCUUGGCAUUGCUCCCAGCAACCGAGGGCAUCAGCCAGCCAAUGAGCAUGACCGUGGGCGACUCCAACUCCAUGGCAACGACCGGGAGACCAAAGGGGAUGUAUCUGACCUCCCAUGCCACGCCCCUGCUGCCAAAGACAGCCCGGUCUCUCACACCUCCCUCCGACUCUUCCUCCCUUACUGCCUCCCUUAAUUUCUCUCGCCCCCCCCGCCCGCGGAAACCACGGGAUUCACAGCCCAAGAUGAGGAAACUCAAAUACCAUCAGUACAUUCCCCCCGACCAGAGAGGGACGGCCGGGACUGCCGGGGGAGGGGCCAGUCAGAGGAGCCCCACCCCAGCCCAGCUCUUAGACCCCGCCUACUCCAGCCUCCUGCAGCAACAGCAGGUGUUCCUCCAGCUGCAGAUCCUCCAGAACCAACAACAACAACAGCAGAACCAGCAGCAACAGGACCAGCAGCAGCUCACCGUCACACCCAGUGGAGACACCAACCAAAUGGUGAGGUUCUCUGGAGCCAUGCACCAAAACCCUCAGCCUGUAUCCAAGGCAACAAACCACACCUCUGUGGACACAAGUCCCUCCAACAAGUCUGAGAUCCUCCCACCUAACCUGGUCGACCUCACGGUGUCUGAGUUGCGACAGCAGCUGCGUGAGAGAGGUCUUCCUGUCUCCGGCACCAAGCCCACCCUCCUCCAGAGGCUACGCCCUUUCCAGCUGCCCCACCUGUGUUUGACCCCUAUGCCCCUCUGCCAGCUGGGUACCAGCCAGGAACCCCUUACCCCCACCUCCUUGCUCACCCCCAGCCACUACCCCAGCUCCAGCCCCAGCUCUGGAACUGACUCCCCCACCAACAGCCCUAACCCUCAGGUCUACAUCCAGUCCACUGGAAUUCUGAGCGGGGUCCCAAACGGAAUUGUUAAUGGCAUUCCGAAUGGUAAUCCUAAUGGAAUAGGGGUCAGUGUGGUGGGGGAGCAGUGUGGCUUCCUGGCCGCUGCGUUAACCCCAUCGUCGACACCUAGCCCCGGUCUCCCCCCAUGCUCCUCUUUGCCACUGUCGACUGGCGCCUUCUGGCAGUCGGAACAGGAGCAGCAGGAGUUGAGCCUGGAGCUGGAGAUGAGGGAUAGGAUGAGGAGCAGGCCCAGGGAGAGGCUAUCUCCUCCUCUGUCUCUAUCCUGUGGGGGUUCCCUCCAUCCCUUCCUGCAACAGGAUCCAGGAUUGCCCAGAGGGACACCAGAGAGAGAAGGACAGACAGAGAUCCUGUUUACACAGGUGUUCUGCUGCCAGCCGUGGGACGUGAUUGGCCAGGACUUUGAGCUGCCCAUGCAGAUCACAGCCAGUCCCAUUCAAGCCCCACCCAGCGUCCGCAGUCUGGAGGAGGAGCUGCAGGAGGCCAUUAACAGAGUACUGGUCAGUAUGGACCCCAGUCAGUCUAUAGAGGACAUUCUGGAGGAACCUACCACCUGUGUGGACUCCCACUCCUCCUCUGUCUCAGACCUCCAAUCCCCUGUCACUAUCCUCCCUGGCCCCUCCCCUCCUCCCCAAACAGACCAGUCCCAGCCUUUCCGUUGUCAUUCAAAGGAUGACAACUUCCUAUCCUCUCCUCUCUGCUCCUCCCUCCUGUUGGAGCUCCCGCCGUCGCCUUCAACGAUGGUUCCCCGCCAAGCCGCCCCAACCCCUCUCCCUCCCUUCAUCUGUACUUCUCCCCUGCCUCCCACUGUGACCUCACGGAAGAGGCGGGCUCAGGCAACCUUUGACCCUGCUGAUUGGUUGGAGUCGCUAGCCUCUGGACUCCGCCCUCUCAGUCCUCCAUCUGCCCCAUUCGUUGAGACCGACUUUGGCCUCAAUUUGGAUCUGAACGUCAACCGAGCGUUGGAUCUCAUGGUGGAGCAGUGGUGAAGGUCUUAGGUGGACUGAGUGUCAGUGUGUGUGUGUGUGUGUGUGUGUGUGUGUGUGUGUUCGUUAGUUGGACUUCAACAUACACCUCCCAAACAAUGGGAACAGAUUUGUGAAUGUCCAUCCAUCAGUCUAUCCAUCCAUCCCCUCUGUCCACUCUGUGAGUGAGUAGUCUGUUUGAGAGAGGUGACUGCAGGUCUGUACCCCACGCAAUGUUGAGAGACAGAUACUACUACACUGGAAGAGAUGAAAAAAGACUGAGUUGCAUUGGUGGAACAAUAACUGGCAGAGGGAAUCACACGCACACGCACACACACACACACACACACACACACACACACACACACACACACACACACACACACACACACACACACACACACACACACACACACACACACACA